AUGGCAAUUACGGCGACUGCAGCUGAGAUCGAGGUGCUACACAUAGCUACACCACUGCCUGAGCCACCAUCUGCAUCAUUCUUUAAUGAGACACAAUGGAGGACUCUAUGGGCACUGAUGGACACUGUCGUUCCCUCUGUCAUUCAGUCGCAAGAGAGAGGCACUGGUACGGGUGACUACGCCAUUGGAACAAGUCUGUUUGAAUUCUACUACCAUGCAGCCCAGAAGAAGAUGACUUCGCCACCUAGCCGUGAGAAGUUCGAAGCAUACCUCUCGGAAAAGCCCUCAGCAAACGCGAUGUUUUGUGCCCAUAUGACCCGAACCCUCGAUGCACUUCCGAAGGAGAUGCGGAAUCAGCUCGGCCAGGUCCUCAAUCUGCUAAGUACCCGUCUAGGUAGUCUUCCACUUACUGGCUAUUUUACGCCAUUCUGCGAGUUGCCAGGGGACGCAAGAGAAAAGGUUCUCCAGUCAUGGUCAUCAUCAUACUUUGCCACCCUCCGGGGUCUCUUCAAGUCCGUCACCGUAUUGGCGAAGUCGAGUUGGGUUUCAACGAGCCCGCUGUUCCUAGAACUGAGUGGCUGGAAGGAUUUGCCGGAUGACUAUAAGCCCGGGAAGACACCCGACUACAGAUUUAAGCAAUUCACUAUUGGCGACAAGCCAGAGAUUAUCGAAACGGACGUCGUCAUUGUAGGGUCAGGCUGUGGUGGCGGUGUUUGUGCUGAAGUACUGGCAAACGCUGGUCACCGCGUGGUAGUCGUCGAUAAGGGCUACUACUUUCGGCCGGACCAGCUACCUAUGAAGACAAGCAACGCCGGCCCGUAUCUCUUCGAUAGUGGUGGUAUCGCAGUCAGCGACGAUGGAUCCUUGUCCGUCUUGUCAGGAAGUACCUGGGGUGGUGGUGGUUCGGUAAAUUGGGGAGUCAGCCUCCAAACUCCUCAGUACGUGCGUGAGGAAUGGGCGAAGAAGCGAGGAUUACCAGUCUUCACGUCACAAGAAUUUCAAGAUGCAAUUGACCGAGUAUGCAAUUACAUGGGCGUAUCUGACGCCACUGUUCGUCAGAGCCAUCGGGGACAAAUCCUUCUCGACGGUGCUCAGAAGCUCGGCUGGAAAGCGAAAGUAACACCUCAUAAUUCUGGAAACAAGGACCAUCACUGUGGGCACUGCCAUCUGGGUUGUGGCUCCGCAGGUAAGCAAGGGCCUGCAGUUAGCUGGCUACCGGCUGCUGGUCGAGCGGGUGCAGAGUUCAUUGAGGGUUUUCAGGUCGAAAAUGUGACAUUUGAUCACUUUGCUUCUGGGAAAAGGGCAUCUGGCGUCGUCGGUAAAUGGAUUUCCAGAGACUCGGAUGGGGGGUUGAGUGGUGGACUGGGCCAACGUAUUGUGAGGGAUGUGAUAAUCAGAGCAAAGAAGGUUAUCGUCUCAGGUGGAUCGAUUUGGAGUCCCGUGAUCUUGAAGAAAAGCGGGUUAGGGAAUCCACAAAUAGGACGUAAUCUUUACAUGCAUCCGUCUAAUAUAGUAACUGCGCUCUGGAAAGAGGAUGUCAACCCUUGGGAAGGUUGUGCUAUAACGAGUGUGUGCACCAGUUUUGAACAGCUCGAUAACGAUGGUAACGGAACCAAGUUGGAACCUCUAUGUAUGGUGCCGUCAGUUGCAUUGCCGCAAUUCCAGUGGCGAAGUGGAAUGGACUUCAAAAUGUCAGCUUUGCGAUACCGCAACAUGAAUGCAUUCUUCUCCAUGGUUCGUGACCGCGACACUGGUUUCGUCUACCCUGAUCCUUCUACUGGAAAGCCGCGAAUUGUCUAUACACCAAGCGCGUUUGACCGAGCGAAUGCAUUGGCAGGUGUGAUUGGCUUGGCACGUAUCUGCUACGUGAUGGGUGCAGAAGAAAUCAGACCUACUGUCACUGCAAUAGAGCCAUUCAUGCGCACGGCAUCAGAUCAGGCGGAAGCGGAGGACGCUCGAUUCGAGGAUUGGAUCAAGCGACUACAAGCAACAGGCAUUUCUGAGACAGAAAUCUGGGGCUGCGCUCAUCAAAUGGGAACUUGUCGCAUGAGCAAGAAUGCGGAAGAUGGUGUGGUGGACCCUAAUGGUAAGGUUUGGGGCGUUGAGGAUCUUUAUGUUGCAGAUGCGAGCGUCUUCCCGAGUGCGAGUGGUGUAAAUCCCAUGAUUACCAACAUGGCGAUUUCACACCUAACAGCCAAAGGCAUAGCAGCUGAUUUGAAUACGCUCAAACGAGAAAGGCCAUGA